GUGAUUAAUAUGACUUUAAUGGUCUUAGUGAAAUUAAAAAAAAAAUGUUUGGAUUGUUCAAUCUUCUUCAAGUUAGACUUUCGUUUCUAGUUUCUUUUUCUUUUUCCAUUAUUUUCUGUUGUUAGCUUCGGAUCAUUCGGAGUGUGUUUUGUUUUUUUCUUUGGGAAAUUUCUUUCCCUGGUUGCUGCGUUUUGUUGUUUUCUUGUAAUUUUUUUGUUUUGAUCAAAUUGUUUUCUUAUAAUUUGCUUGCUGCAUUUUGUUGUGUGCUUGGUGAGGACAAAUGUUUAGCCUUUUCCUACUAUAAGCUACAAAUUUGAGACUCCAUAGCUUUCUCACGCUACAAAAACUGCAACCCAAUUGCCCAUCUCACCAACUGUUCGAAGAAAUUCCCCAAAGAAAGAAACCCAUUCCAGGGUAGGAGAUAUGGGGAAGAGAGGUGGGGCUGGGACCAGAAGGGCACCUAAUUCAUCGUUUGGGUCCAACAAUACCAUAUCGCUCAGAGAAGAAACAACAGGGAAAAAGCGGCACCAGAAGAAAGGAGGCUCCUCUGCCAACGUCAAGCAUUUAUUGAAGGUCGAGCACUUGAAGAAGCUUGCGGUUUGGGUUGGUGGGGAGUCUUCUGUUUCUGUGCCUUCUUUUGCUGCGUUCUUCGGCCAAAGAUUGGCCUCUGUUGGGGAGUCUUUGGGUGUUUCUCCUGACCCUUCUCUGUUUUCUUGCCGGAGAUGUGAAACAAUUCUUCAGCCAGGCUUCAACUGCACAAUUAGAAUUGAGAAAAAUUAUGCAAAGGCGCGGCGAAGAAGUAAGAACAAUUUUACUUCAUCUAAGAACAUCGUGGUCCAUACUUGCCACUUCUGUUCACAUAGGAAUUUGAUGGGAGGUACCCCAAAAGGACAUCUGAAACAGAUUUGCCCAUCUAAGAUCAAAACCACUGAAAAAGCAACACCUGCUAAAUCAAAUUCCCAUAGGCCUGCCAUCUUAGAGAAGGCUAGUGGAGGUAAAGAUGAGGCUAAGAAAAUGGAUGAGCCAGCUUUACCGCCAUUACCGGCAACAUCUGGAGAGCUUCCUAUUAGUGACAGUCCUGCAACACCAAUGGUGAAAACUGUAACCACUCUGUUGGAAGCGAAGAAGAGAAAGAGAAACAGAUCAACGAAUAAGAAACCAUCUGAACCUGAAAACAGUUCUAACCCUGCAAAUGCAGAAAAAUCUAUAGGCGUGUCAAGCAAAAGAAGGAAAAAAUCAUGGACUACUUUAAAGGAAUUUGCUGAUAGCAAAGAUCAGGGUAAGAACCAAGACAUUGCUAAUCUGCCAAUUCCUUUCUUUUUGUAAGUGUGACAAUCUAGGCACUGCUUAAUUACUCAGGAUAGAAGAUUUGAAAUUCUUUGGUAUUUUGAUGAGAUUUGACAAUUUAUAGUUUAGAUAGAAAUGAGAAUCAGAGAAUGAGUCACUUAAGUUGUACAUAAAUUUUAGAUUAUUGCGUUUUGUAACCUUUAUGAAUUCUAUAAAUUUAAGAUUUGCUGUGUC